CCAAACCCCCACAUUAUUCCCUGCCCACUCUCUCUCUCUCUCUCUCUCUCUCUCUCCCCCCCCCCUCUCUCUUUCUCUCUUCCUCUCUCAUUGAGAAAUGGCCGGAGACAUGCCACUUCUCAAGCGCCAAAGGGAAGAAGUGGAAGAAGAAGAACAUGGAAACCUAACCCUAAAACAAGAGGCAGAACAACAACAACAACAUCAUGAACAAACCCUUAACAAUAAGCGCCAAAAGUCAUCUUCCUCGUCCUCGUGUUCUUCGUCAUACAAUCACAUACUCUCCUUCCUCGAAGAGGACGAAGAGAAAGUGUCGACGACCCACCAGGACCUGUCAUCCCUCAUCACAACCCUCCAACAGGAGCUCUCCCCCUCCGACUCCCUCGUCGACCUGUUGACUUCUUCUGCCACGACGAUGUCUGAAUUUGAAUCUGACGUCGCCUCGGCCGCAUCCGAGGAGGAAGUUGAUGACAGGGAGAGGGUCUUCAGGCACUUGCUCGAAGCCUCCGAUGACGAGCUUGGCCUCCCAACCAGGGAUGAGGGAGCCAGCAGCAGCGGCAGCGCAUUGGAGUCUCCGUCGCUGUUUACUGUCAAUGGUGGCAGUGCAGACGCGGAGGGUUUGACUUUGACGACUUUGACCUCCAUCGAUGGGCUGUGGGAGUUCGAAGAUGAGGCUGCCAACUACUAUGCCGUCUUGCAGUCUGAGCUUUUCAUGGAGGGAGAUGAGAAUGGGGUGAACUAUUAAAGAAGGAAUGGGACUUAUCCAAAAAAGGAAAAAAAGAAAGAAAGAAGGAAUGGCCCCGAAGAAGAAGAAGAUGGAUAGUUCGGGGGGUUCUAUUGGAAAAAAAGAAAAAGUUAUAUGAAGGGUGAAAACGAAAAUAUGAAAAAAGUUUUUAUUUUGGUUUCUGCCCUCCCCCUCGUGUAAAUGAGCAUAUUACCCCCAACGUAGCCUUGAUGAGUUAAUUUAAUUGUAGAAGAGAAAAAGAAAUUAUUCAUAUUCCAUUUUUUGCUUAUUCUCA